AUUAGGUUUCAAGAGAAUUCUAAUAGACAUGAUGACCCCUUGAUCUAAUACUGAAGGACGCCAUGUCAUUCUGUUUACCUGUCUUUCAUCAUGAAGAAAAGUGAUGCCAUUGUAAUGGGCCCUAAGCCUACUAAAGCAUGUGUCAACUGCCGCAGGUUGAAGGUUAGACGCCGGUGACAUCUCUCUCAUGGAAAGGAUGUACUGAUAGGCUUCGAGAUGAAAUGUGAGGUCGAUGGCACUCCUCCAUGUCGUCGGUGUCGCCACGCCAAUUCUGCUUGCGUGUUCAAGCCCAGAUCUAAUGCGGCCGCUGCCCAAGAGAUAGUGUCAUUCCCGCAGGGUGUACAAUAUACAACAUUCCUUUCUCACUCGACACAGUCUGAUCCAAACGCGGAGUCCGUUCUCAGCCGGCUGGACCGUAUUGAGGCUAUUCUAGGGAUUAAUAGAGAGAGAGAUGCCAUGGGCAUGGCCAACGUUGACUCAGAUCAAGACGAAGAAGCUGGCAUGCCCAUUUCCGACCUCUUGAAAGCUGUCAAGCAUUUGAGGCUUAUUACCCGCCCACCGCAAAAUAAAGAUCUUUGGUCUUAUUCCACAGUCAAGGGACUAUGGGAAACAUUUCUCAAUAACCUGCCGUUACUACACUUCUUAAAGGAUCGGAGGGCCUUCUCUUCCCCCUCACCCCUAUUGCUUGCCUCCGUGCUCUAUAUAUCCGCGCUCCAUAGCCCGGUAAAGGAACUUGCAUCAUUAGCGGGUGGGUAUUUUAUGGCUACCUGCAAUGCCAUUGCUGAGCUGGUUACCCCGACUCCCCUGCCGAGUGCCGUUGGGCCAAAUGCUGGAGACAACGGUCAUCCCUGCUACAAAGAGGAAGACAAGGCGUUCCAAAAUAUCCUAGGCCUUAUAAUGGCUACUCUUGUUUCGGAGGCCUAUAUUGAGACUACUAACAAAUGGAUAGCAAUUGCCUAUCGACUCUUGCUGGACCAUUGCCCAGCUGACUUAAGUGGCCUGACUCAAGAUUGGCGCGAUUUAUUUUCUGGAAUUCAGGUGAUUGACAUCGAACAUGCCUCUAUGAAUAUGUGCUACCCUCUCCUCCCUAGACAACCACCGACUCCAGCUCUCCAACAAGUAAGUAGUCACGAGGGGGAUGCAUAUCGAGGUCUAUCACAGAUGAUGCAUCAGGGAGUCAGUCAUUUCGUGGGGCGAGGGCUACCAACCAUAUGGUCUUUCGUUCGCUCGAGUGUAAAGGAGACCAUGACUCGCGUUCGUACACCUUUUACGGACGAAGACUUUAGGGUUAUCCGACUCUGGGCAAGGAAACUCGAUGACUGGCUUGUCCGAUAUAACGGAACAUCCCAACCGUCUCCGUCAGAUCGCCGAGGAAUACUCAUUCUUCUACAGUACCACCUCCAUAAACUUUAUGUUCUGUCAAUUUAUCACCCAGCUCGAGGAUUUGACUUGGGCUCUGCGAACAUAACUCCGUCUGAAAGGCAUGAACUAUUGGUUUCAGCACGGGCCGUACUGCGACUUCGCCAAGAUGAUGCCAGUAUAUGGUCUAAUUGGGACCUCAUAAUGAUAACAUGGGCUGCAAUGCUCCUCUUGCGAGGCGUCGAGGACGGUAUCACUCACCAAGAUGAUCUAAGUCUAAUUCAAACACAUCUCAGCAUCCUGAAGCAAAGUGAUCCUUCUAUACAAAGUAUCCACGGGGUGCUCGCGGACCGAAUCCAAUCCGGCAUGCAGAGCAUGCAUACUCCCCCUGAUAUGAGUCACGAGCUGUCUUUCCCACCACCCAACUUAGACUAUUCAUGGACCAUCUUCGAUCAAGAGAUCAUGUCGCUCGCAAACCCGCCAUGGCUUUUCGAAGGAUCCUCAGCUGGUUCGACACAGGCGGAACUUGUACAGCAUCCCGCAAUACAAUCAGCACGGUACAAUGAUGGUAUGGCCGCCACCGGCGCCAAUAGCUUCGAUGCCAAUAAGCAGUGGGACUCUACAGAACAACUACCUGAUGUCCGGCCGCCAAGGUUUAACCCAGUCUUUGGCCAUGGUAGAGCAGGAAACGACCGCUAUCUAUUGUGACUAAGGUUUUACUUCCCGUAUCAUCAUGUUUCUUGAGGACAUGCCAUACACCUUAUGAUUUUGCUUUUUAAGAACAGACCGUACAUGGUGCCUGCUUAUAGAAGCCUCGGUUUACUGACUACAAUGUGGAAGCGUAAGGGCCUAAUGUACUGCAUUCUUUCUUA